AUGUUCGACAGUUUCAAGCACACCUUCAGUCAAACCAAGUACGUCGCCCACCGGGAGGCGUGCGGGUUGCACGUGAUUGAUGAGGUGAAGCGCUUCCGUGCGCUGGUGUGCGUGCUGUUCUGCAGCAUCUGCGUCUCGCUUGUGUUCGCCUUCGACCUCUUCAGUGAGGAGUUCCAAAGCCGCUUCCAUCUCUCCGAUGGUGAUCUCUCCACGAUCAGCACGGUCGGCGUGGUGUUCUGCUACUUUGUCAUUCCGUAUGGUGUGCUGUACGAUCAUAUCGGCCCCCUGCCACUGCUUGUGAUUGCCGGUGUGAUGGGGUUCGUCGGCUGCCUUGGCCUCGGGCUCAUCUUCGACGGAAAAAUCAAGGGCAACACCGUGACCAUCUCCAUCUUCUACGCCUUCAUGAACACGUGCAGCGGUCUCUUCGACGCCGCGUCGAUUGUCACGCUGGUGGAGCUGUUCCCACGAAAUCGUGGUCCUGUCAUCGGGCUGGCCAAGGUGAUGACGGGUCUGGGCAGCUCCGUCAUCUCCUCCAUCAAUCGCGGCUUCUUCUCGAACAACAUCAGCGGCUUCAUCUACCUCAUCAUGGUCCUCACGGUGGUUGUCGCGCUGAUGGCGAUGCUUCUCAUUGCGCUUCCUCCGUAUUUUGUGAACUGGUGGCGCGCCCGCAACAAGACAGAGGGGCAGAUUGCCGCCCUGACGUCGCUGAAGGACAUCUAUGCGAAGAAGUUCGUUCCGUUGCGCCGCAUUGCGUACGGCUACGUCAUCGUGGCCUGCCUCGUCAUUUUCUUUGCCACCACGGCCCCGAUACUGGCGUACACGAAGGUGUCGCGCGGUGGCAAGGCGGUAGUGGGUGGCAUCACGGUGGUGCUGUGCAUGUCCUUCUGGGUGAUGGCGCUGCCGAUUCCCUGGCUCGGCGGUGUGAACGAGCCGGCGGAGCAGCAGAGCAGCACCUUCGAUGACACCGAGGGUAGCAAGCCGAAUGUCCUGACUUCCGUGGAGCCGCUGGAGACCAGCAACAAGCCCCUCAGCACCUCCCCCCUCAGCGACGACGAUGCAGCGCGCAAGCAGUCUCUUGUUAGUGUCGAGGCCGUCAUCGAGGAUGGUCCGCAGGACCCUCGCUAUGGUGGCACGAUCUGGGAGACGCUCAUGCGCCCUGACAUUUGGCUCAUCCUCAUUGCGUUUGUCUGCCAGAGUGUCCUCGGUACGAUCGUUACGUACAACGGCAGCACCAUCUACGUCGCCCGCACAGGCCGCCCGCGCACCGCGGAGCUGGGCUCUCUCUACACGUCCCUCCUCGGUGUGGGCAGCGCCGUGGGUCGCACCUCGAUGGGGCUCUUCGAGGCGUACGUGCAGCAACAGGACCCGAAGAAUCGCAAGAUGCUUGUGACGAUCGCCCUGCCUGUCGCCCCAAUCAUUGCCACAAUCGCCGGCAUUCUGAUCCUUGUGCUUCCUGGUGACGCUCUCCUCCUUCCGUACAUCCUCGUCUACUUCGAGGAGGGCGUCUUCAACGGCGUGCGCGCGCUCAUCUUCCCCUGCAUCUUCGCUGGUCACCACGGCAUCCUGUACAACAUGAGCUUCUUCACCAACGUCAUUGGCGUCAUCUGCUUCAAUCGCUUCCUCUUCGGCCUCACCGUGGACAAGGAGCGCGAAAAGAUGGGCCACACGGUGGAGCAGGGCUGCACGUCCCAUGCGUGCGUUCAGACACCCAUCAUUGUCGUCACGUGCACGGCAGCCUUUGCGGUGUUGCUGGCGACCGCGGUGCACCUUCGCUAUGCUCGCUUCGUGAAGCAGUGCCGAAAGGCUUUGAAGGCAGCUUCGUAG